UGCGCGCUGCGCUGAUGGGGGCGGAGAGUUUGAUGCGGUAUCUCCACUUGCCCUCUUUAGGACCAUGAAACACGAUCCCGUCGCGCAGGUAGCGUGGGGUAUAAAACAGUCCUGCGAUCACUGGGCCCAUCCGACCAAAAGACAAGAACCAUGAGAAAAACAUCAGCGUGAUCGGAGAGUUUGAGCACCCGCAACACGUGCUGCGUUAUUAUCAAUGAGAUGAGACGCAGAUCUCCAGAUGAGCCACAGAGUUACACACUCAGAAGAUGAGCUGACGCUCCUUCAAUCCUCCUCACUUCCACGGAGAAAAUGAUGCUUUCCCCCGCAAGAAUAGACAGAUAAUGCUGGCAUUGCUUAUUUCUGCUCAAUGACGCUCGGAGGCUUUUGCGCAAGUAAAGAGGACUGCAUGGACACAUCCACUUUGGAGAGGGUUCUAAUGAUUUCAACAUAGUACGUUUUUAUAGAUCGUUUGUAUUUUUUCAUAAAAGUAUGAGCUCGUUGUUGUUCGGAGAGGGGUUUUUGGGCGGUGCGCCACCGGACGCGGUACCCAGAGCGCUGCGCAACGACCUGGGCUCCAAUAUUCACGUCCUGAAGACCCUCAACCUGAGGUUCCGCUGCUUCCUCGCUAAAGUCCAUGAGCUGGAGAGACGAAACAAACUUCUGGAGAGCCAGCUGAAGCAAGCCUCGAGUCAGAGGUAUCAGAGCUACUCGUUUUCCCGUGAGGUGGGCGUCCAGACCGACUCCCAGGAAUCCAGACUGCCAGGCACCAUCUGGAGUUUUAGGCAUGUUUGGAGAAGUGGAGAGCGCCUACAGACCGUGCAGGGGCCCGGGGUCACCUGGACCCACCCGGACGGGGUCGGGGUCCAAAUCGACACCAUCACUCCAGAACUGAGAGCUCUGUAUAAUGUUCUGGCCAAAGUCAAACGGGAGAGAGAGGAGUACAGGAAAAAGUGGGAGGAGGAGGUGAUGAGGAGAGAACAGAUGGAGUCGAUGAUACAGACGCUACAGGAGAACGUUCAGGAGUCCGAAGCCAUCCAGGACGACUUGAACGAGAAGAUCGACAGAUUGAAAGCAGAGCUGGUUGUCUUUAAGAGUCUCAUGAGCGACCAAAUGUCCGACCUCGACACAAAGAUUCAUGAGAAGGCCAUGAAGGUGGACAUGGACAUCUGCAGGAGAAUAGAUAUCACCGCCAAACUGUGUGAUGUAGCUCAACAGAGGAACUCUGAAGACAUGUCCAAGAUGUUCAACGUCGGUCCGUCCAGAGCACCAGCAGACAGAACGGCUGUAGCGUGUCGAAAGAAAGAGAAGAAGCCGGUUUCAGAUGAGGAAACGUCUGAGAUGGACGCAGAUCCCAGCCCAUCAGAGGACGACGUCCCGUUCAACAUCACAGAUGAGAUGAAACGCAUGCUCAACCAGCUACAUUCAGAUAACUCGUGUGUUGCUAGGCGGGAGACAUUCGACAUCGAUGACGACUGUGACAGUUUGACAUGGGAGGAGAAUGACGAUACGCUGUUGCUAUGGGAGGAUUUUACAAACUACAACGUGCCCUGUGCGUUUAACAACGCCAACGGUGCUGUGGACUGCAACGGAGACGCCAAUGACCCUAACUCUCAGGACGGAAGUCUCGGAAGUCUCAUUGAUGAGACGGAGUCUCUCUUCAAGAACAGAGAGCAAGAAUACCAGAAAACCAUCGGACAGAUUGAGAUGGAGUUGGCCACAGCUAAGAGUGAUAUGAACAGACAUCUGCACGAGUACGUGGAUAUGUGCAGUAUGAAGCGAGGGCUGGAUGUUCAGAUGGAGACGUGCAGGAGAAUGAUCAAGGGUGGCAGAAAUUCUCCUUCCGUGAGCUCGUCGGCCAGCAGUGACUCAGGAAACACUAACGAGAUACAGGACGAAUCAGACAAGGAUGGAGAGACAGACGGGCCAAUCAGCUGAUACCUGCCCAGCCUGGUCCCGCCCUCUCCCCGUCAGCUCUCGGGUCUUCCAGCCAACGGUGUUCAGCGGUACCGGUCAAAGAUAAACUGAGCAACGAGGCCCCUCCCACAAAUUUAUAAUCCUGUAGGUGCUUUCUACCGUCUCGGUGUCAGAGAGAGGCGGAGUUCACGAGGGUUGAUUCUGCGCUUCCACCGAUCCAUCGCGAUAAUGUCAAAUACAUCACAGAGUACACUAGGGUAACCAGAUGACCACAAUAACAAAAAUAAAGACAGAGGUCACUUUUAAACACAGAAAACUAUCAACACAGUCUGGAAGAUGGAUUUGUCUUUACUAUUGUCAUUUACAAACAUUGCCCACGUUAUUGACAAUAACAUGUCAGAUCAUUCAAUUUUCUUUGGUUUUCUCAAAAAAAUCACUUUCAUUUUAAUGGCUUAAUUAUUUUGAAGUUUAAAAAGUAUAUUGGUAUCCCUGAUGUAUAAAUACAACUAUUGUUACGAUAAAUAAAUGAAUUGCGUCUCCUUAGAUGGGACGUUGUUUGUAAAACAUGUUAUCGGGGCAUCUGGUCACCUUAGAAUUCACAUCCAAAAUCCACAGGCAUCCUUUGUGCAAAAUGUUUAUUAGAAACUGGAAAAUCUUUGGUUUGUCAAGUGAGCUAUACACCAGAUUGAAAGUCUGUUUUAGACCAAAACCCUCCUGAUAAAAGACAUCUGAAUGAUUUCACUUGGUAUUAUUAUCUUUUGCUUUUUAUAAGAAACGUUUUAUGUACUGUGCUGCAGAACCAUGUUGGCCUUUUGAAGCCCUCUCAUUGGUAAAGAAAAGAGUCGUGAAUGUUUAACGCAGGAUGAUUGAUAUGUUCUAUGCAAACGGUCGGCCUUAUUCCGGAUCUGAUCUGUGUUACCUGUGUUUGUCUUCCUUAGUUUCCCACGCAGGUAAUUUCAUCUGUUAUGUAUAAUAUUUCUGUGUUUUAACAUGUCGACGAGCCAGCGCUGGCCCACAAUGUUUACUGACUAAUCUGUGGACAGAAUCUGUGGAACAGCAGCCCGUCCUGUUGAGCAUCUGCCACAAUGAGAAAAGCGUUUUAUACACAUAAUAUCUCAACUUUAACAGAGCUAUAUGUGCCUAUAUAUGUUGCCAGUUGAUUUUGGAUGGCCUUACUGUAUUUCCAAUUGGAAAUGUACUUACUAACUUGCACAUUAUUUUUAUUGGCAGGGGGACGGAUGCCUAAGAUGUUUCUUUGCAAAGGGUUUUAAAAAGUUUAGGGUGGAGGUUUUGAUUGUAUAUAGAAAAUGGAUGUAGCUGAAGAUAUAUGAUGAUAUCAGCUGAGUAAAUGUAUGUAGAUAUACGUUACAAAAUCAUAUGAUCACAUCAACUGGUACCCUUACAAAAAGUAUUAAAGUGUGCUUUUAGUAUACUUUAAAACUAAAACAAGAACAUAUACCUUCAGUCUAGUUUUUAUGUAAAAUAACAUUUCAGAACAUUUAGCUUGUAGUUGCGUUUUGAUUGCGUAGCCUUAGUAAAUACUUUUUUCACAUAUGCUGUCUUAUAAACAUACAUAUUUACAUUUAUAAUGUAACAAUAUAAAGAAUAUAUAAAUAAUACACCCUAAAUAUGACAAGUUCCCUUAAAGAAAACUUGUAAGUAUACUUAAAGUAUAAAAACUACUACAGUAGUAUAUUAGUAUAAGUUCAGUUGUAGUAUAGUUGCAGCACAAAGUUUUAAACUACUAAUAAAAUGUUUACUUGUAUAAACUAAAACCUGGGCCAAUUUAGUCCCAGGUAGUAUUGGAAUUGUCAAAUCGCAAGUAAACUACAAGUACAUAUACUUAUUUUUUGUAAGGGUUUUAUUACUGGUGGAUUGAUGUUGUGCUGUAACUCAUUAUGGCCAGCGGGGGGCGCUGUUCCAUACAGAUUCACAAGAAGUGGCUUGUGAAGCCUGUAUCUGUAUGUUAAUUGUGUGUUGUUUGCUCAACCUCUGUGGCCUUUGUGUUUGUCUUGCUUGGUGUCUUCUGGAUCUUUUUGCAUUUCAUCUUGAAUGUUUUUGGGUUAUAGAAAAUACAGAAUAUUUUAGUUUUACAUAUGUUAGUCAUAUUAAUCUGAAAUAUGGGGGAUUUGAGUGACCAAUGAUUAAAUAAGAUAAAAAUAUGGUUGCAGGGGAGUUUAAAAAAAGUUUUAUAUUAAAUAAGCUGGCAGGCAGAAAACAUGUUUAGGGUUAUUUUUAUUAUUAUUUUAGCUAAAGAGUCGAUUGUCACUCACAGUUAAGGUUUCAUGUCGUCUGUAAAUCAUAUCAGUUUGCUGUUUAGUUUGUGGAUAUGAAAUUUUAGCGAGUGGAUUAGAUUUCCUAAUCUAUCAAAAAUGUAAAAAAUCUGGUUUUUGAAUUUUAUAAAAAUGUCCUGUUUUUAUAAUGUUCAGGGGGUCAUUGGGUGCUCGCCCCUAUAGAAAAAUGAAACAUGCACUAAUAGAGAUUUUGCCUUUAAACGUGAAACAUUGUUUUUUAUUUUAUUUUGCAUUUUCCAUUGUUUAUGGAGACAAAAUCAUGCUGCUUUUUUCUUUGUCUUAAAUCAGUCCCACUCCCCAUUAAGGGCCAGAAUGUCUCCAUCUUCAAAUCAUUUUAGGUUUUGAAAGAACAGUAAAGAAACGUUGGUCAAGUUAUCAGAAUCAUUGUCAAGCUAUUCUCAGUUCAUAUACACAAGAUUUUAUCCGUUGGUAUUAGACAGUUGGGUUUUAUUAAUCCAUUGUGUCACAUAUUAUCAUUAUUUUAUAGUUCAUGACUCUUUCUUAAGCAUAUGUGGUUUUUGUGCAUGUGUUCAUCUGAACAUUCUCACAAAUGCCAAGCUGAAUGCAUCUCACAAUCAAAUGGUUUUUGAAUUCCUAGCAAAUGUUUAAUUUCUAUAGACCCUCUAUUAGAAAAUGCCAUUAAACCAGCAUUAUCUUUAAGAACACUAGCUACAAAAGAAGACAUGCAAGAAAGUCAAACUAAGAUGUAUAAACUAAGCAGCGUGGACUGUAUCCUUCUCAUAUUCUCAGCACUGUUUAUUAUUAUAUUUUUAUGAUUUUAAUUAUUUUGACAUUGGGAAUUAUGAGUAUUUUUGGUUGAAAUGUUAUUGAGUAUAUCCUCGCAUCGGGUGUGUGAGCUAUUGGUGUAUGUUUCCAAUGAAUGUAAUUGGUGCUGGGGUCAAAGAAAUAAAAUCAUUUUUGUUUGGUCUCUGUU